AUGUCCGUGGUCUCACUUCUCGGAGUCAAGAUUGUCAACAAUCCCGCCCCUUUUCUUGCUCCAUAUCAAUUCGAGAUUACCUUUGAGUGCCUUGAACAGCUCCAGAAAGACUUGGAAUGGAAACUCACUUACGUCGGCUCUGCUACAUCUUCUGAAUAUGACCAGGAACUCGACUCUCUUCUUGUCGGACCCAUCCCCGUUGGUGUGAACAAGUUCCUUUUCGAGGCCGACGCUCCGGACCUGAAGCGAAUCCCUACUUCAGAAAUUCUUGGCGUCACAGUGAUUCUUCUCACUUGCAGCUAUGAUGGCAGAGAAUUUGUUCGUGUUGGGUACUACGUGAACAACGAAUACGACUCGGAAGAGCUCACCCAGGACCCUCCCGCCAAGCCGAUUAUUGAACGAAUCCGCCGGAAUAUUCUUGCUGAGAAGCCAAGAGUGACCAGAUUUGCUAUCAAGUG